GUUCAGAUCACUUUUCAUCCCAGUGUGAACUUUUGAGAGGAGCCCUAAAUGAAUUACUUCCAGAUGAAAGGUUAGGUAUCCCAUUUCACUGCACAGAGCUCAGAGACUGCAAACAACCCACCAGCCCGUAUUAUGCCCAUGGUAACAAAGCAAGCGAAAUGGCAGAUGUAAACUCCAAGAGGGCAGCUCAGUUCUUGCAGAAAUGUAUUAAGCCGGAGGACAGCGGAGGGGACGCACAGCCCAAAGAGGAGAUAAUAGAAGAGCCGCCUAUGCCUGUCAUCACUCAGACAUACCCUCAGACAGUGCAAGAGGAAAUAUCAAUGGUGUUCAACACCUACAGCGUGGCAACCAAUCUCGGCCCUGCCGCCAGGAGGAAGAGAGAGAAAGGUGCGAAUCACGACGGCACAAACACCUCCCUUUACGUGGACCGCCGCAAGUCCAAGGUGUGGAACUACUACACCAAGCUGGGAGAUGCCUAUGUCGAGUGCAACGUGUGCAAGAAGCAGCUCUCCUUCCACAACAGCACCACCACCAUGCGGGAGCACUUGGUGAGAAAGCACAGCAUUCGUGACACUUUGCUGUCGCAGCUGAAGGAUGACCAGGCUUCUGAGUCUGACUACGUGGCUCAGGAGAACAUGAUAAAGAGGUCCCGGCAGAUGACACCAGAAAACUACAUGUACCAUGCUGCAUCCUGCUCGGAACCGAGGACUGAUGUGAUUCUGGAAUUGGUGCUUGAAAUGAUAUUCCGUGACCUCCACCCUCUUUCUGUGGUGAAAGACAAGGGGUUUGGCCUCCUCAUUGGGUAUCUAGAGCCUAAUUUUACCCUCCCAUCUCCUAUUCAGCUCUCCAGCAUGCUGUGGCAUAGAUACAAUGUGGUGAAGCAGCACCUGGAGCGCUAUUUGCAAACAGCCCAAUCCAUAGUCAUCUGUGUGGAGUUCUGGGUGUCCCAGCCCAACCAGACAUACUUGACAAUCACGGCCAACUUCAUUGAUGGAGAGUGGCGCCGGGCAAGAUGUACCCUGGAAACCCUGCUAGUGCACGAGACUAAAGGAGAGGGUGAUUUAGGAGAGAAGCUCUACAGCAUCCUGUCCGAGUUUGGGCUAUCAAAUAAGUCCAUUUUCUGUGUGAUGCAUGACACCCUGCAGAACACAAUGAUGAAUUCGCAGCAGCUCAAGAGGGUUUAUGGCUGGGGCAGCCUGUGCUGUGCUGCCCACAUACUGCACUUGUGCAUCAAGGCAGGGCUGGAGAUUGAACAGGUGCAAGAGACUCUGACUGCAGCCCGGGGCAUUGUGAGCUACUUCCAACAGGACGCAAAAGCCACCUGGCUGGAGAUUGAACAGGUGCAAGAGACUCUGACUGCAGCCCGGGGCAUUGUGAGCUACUUCCAACAGGACGCAAAAGCCACCUGCUCGCUGAACAGCAAGUUGGAAGCGAUCAACAAAACUAAGUUGAAGCUGGUGAUGGAUGUGGGGUCUCGCUGGAUAACUACCAUCGAGAUGUGCGAGAGCCUCCUGGACCUCAAAUGGGCAAUCAUGUCCUUGCUGGAGGAACAUCCCAAAGGGACACUGGCUGUGCAGAACUUGGCUGACCACCAAUGGAAGCUCUUGCAGGACCUGGUGCCAGUCAUGAGAACGAUUAAGAUCGCCACAUCGUUCUUGCGCGAGGAGCAGAACAUCUCCAUCUCUUCCCUGAUGCCGUGCAUCCACGGUAUCGUCGCUGCCAUUGGGCAGCAGUUGGAAGAGUCCAGUGAUGUCAUCAAGAUGGUGGUGGGCAACAUCAGGUCAGAGCUGAUGCAGCGCUGGAGUAUAUCGGAGGACGAGAAGGUGCUGGAAAGCCCUGCGAUUAUUGCCUCAUUUCUAGACCCCCGUUUCAAGGAGAUGAGGUUCCUGAGCCCCAGCCUGAGGAGUGAGCUGCAUAAGAGAGUCAAGAAUAUGCUGUCGCAGGUCUUCAACCACCAGUCCCCAUCUUCUACUCAGUUCUGGGUGCCAAACUCAGAUUACAAAGCGGAGGUAGGAGAAGCAGGGAGCCAGAUGUCGGCUCAUAAAGACAGAGGCCCAAGUGGCCAGUUCCAGAGCAUGUAUGACAUCCUUUUGGGGAAAGACCCAACGGAGAGCAUGCCAGAAAUCCAUCAGCAGCUGGAAAACUACAUUGUGGAGCCUCUCUGCAAACGCAGCACCAAUCCGCUAGACUGGUGGAAAACCAAUGAGCACCGCUUCCCCGCCGUGGCAAGAUUAGGCAGGCAGUAUCUUUCCAUACCAGCCACUGUCGUGCUGCCAGACCAGGCCUUUGCUGCCAACGAGAGCACGCUGGAGCAUCGGAGAGCAGUCCUCGCUCCUGAAAAUCUGGACCAAAUUCUGUUCUUGCACCAAAAUUUUGAUUUUUUGGAAUCAAUGAGAAACAGUAAUGAGAUGCGGGGCAGAAAUCCACUUGUCCAGUAUUGA